CUCUGUCGUUGACUCUCUUCUUGCGAGUUGCGACUUCUUCUUCGUCUUGUUCGUUGUGCUUCUUCUCUUUUCGCAGUCACUUAUUCCGACAAAAACCUCCGAUUAGACCGUCGGAAUGGAAUCACGGGUUUUGUUCUCGAGUCAAUUCAACUUCCCGGUGAAUUCACCGUUGAAGAACCGUGAAACCUCGAUUGCUCCGUUCACACCUCCCCGGAAUGUUCUCUCCUUGUCUUUCCGAAGUUCCGUAGACAGAUUUGCGGUGAGGAUCGGACCGCGACCGUUUGUAAAAGCUGUUUCGUUUGCUCCAAAGAUAGUAGCGGAGGUCGAUGAUGGUUCGAGAGACGAACCAAGAAGGAAGAAGCUUGCUGUGUUUGUGUCGGGAGGUGGUUCGAAUUUCAGGAAGAUUCAUGAGGGAUGCAGUGAUGGUUCUGUUAAUGGGGAUGUUGUUUUGUUGGUCACUAACAAAAAAGAUUGUGGAGGUGCUGAGUAUGCAAGAAGUAACGGCAUUCCUGUUUUAGUAUUCCCCAAAGCGAAACGAGAACCAUCCCAUGGACUCUCUCCUUCAGAGCUUGUAGAUGUACUUAGAAAAUAUGGUGUAGACUUUGUUCUUUUAGCUGGAUAUUUGAAACUUAUACCAUUCGAGCUGGUCCAAGCAUUUCCUAAACGGAUUCUAAAUAUUCAUCCUGCUCUUCUUCCGGCUUUCGGAGGCAAAGGUCUUUAUGGUAUAAGAGUGCAUAAAGCUGUUCUAGAAUCGGGAGCUAGAUAUUCAGGUCCGUCAAUUCACUUUGUCGAUGAGGAGUACGACACAGGGCAGAUACUUGCUCAAAGUGCAGUCCGAGUGAUUGCUAAUGACACACCAGAGGAGUUGGCCAAAAGGGUUCUUCAUGAGGAACACAAACUCUAUGUCGAAGUGGUGGCUGCGAUUUGGGAAGAGCGAAUUAAAUGGAGAGAAGACGGUGUCCCUCUCAUUCAGAGCAAAGAAAACCCUGACGAGUACUAUUAGAUCCUCAACAAAUGAAGUUACUCAUUGGAUGUCAGAUUAGUCACAUUUUCAAAUCAAAGUGUUUCAACCUAGGUUAUGUAGAAGAAGUUUUCUUGCCCAAAGUAUGGAUUGAGAAAUGUUUCUGAUGCUAAAUUUUGUUUCGGUUGGGUCAGAAUCAUAUGGAAGGAGAUGAAAUUCGAGCCAGGAGACAGCAUUUUAAUGCUUGUGUUGUAUAAUACCAACAGCCUUUAUUCAAUUUUUUCCUAGAGUGUUUUAUUACCAUGAAGUUUGGUUUCAUCUAUAAGAAGGUGCUUGCCUGUAUGCAGACAUUUCAUGGACUGUUAAUAGAGAAAAUUUCA